AUGCAGGCUGGAGGACGCGAUCGUUAUGGAGCUGCCAUCCCAGAGACGACUCACUAUGGCUACAUGGCACAACAUCACCAAGAAUGUGGUAGCGAAGACAACUUGGUGGCCAUCCUGGACACUGGCUGCAAUGCCACAUGUCACGGAAGUGAAUGGCUGAAACAAUACCUCAAGGCCACCGGAGCACCUGAACCUCCACUACAGCCAUGCUCUGGACCUGGCAUGAAGGGAAUUGGCGGCCAGAUGAAGCUGGUGGGAAAACGUGAAUUCGAAGUGAGCUUCGAGAUGAAGAAUGGAGAUUUUGCCCGAGGAACUUUGGUAUCCUUGGAGAUUGCCUCCUUCGAUGCACCACUCUUGCUCAGCGUGGAGAGCCAGAAGCAGCUUGGCUUUGUGAUCGAUCUUAACCACCAAAAUGUACAUUCCACCGUACUUGGCAGUGAUCUCUGUUUGGUGGCUCGCAAUGGACUUCUGGCAAUCCGGCUCAUUCCCGGAUAUCUUGGCCUGGUGGCCGAGCACUUCGAGGACACCGAGAACCUUGAGAAGGAGCACAACAUGACUUAUGAGCAAGAGGAACCACCACCAGAGGAAGACAUCCAACUGGUCAAUGAGACCCACAUGGCCGUGGAUGAGAUGCAUCAGCACAAGCGUACCAUUACCAAGGUGGCAUUUCCAGCUGAAGCUGUCAUGGAGGACAACCCCUUGGGCACCUUGGACAAGAUCUACGAUGAGCAGGACCUGGCACCAAAUCCUCCGCUACCACACCGAGCUGAAGAAGAUGAUUUGAGAGGCGAAGAAGAUCGUGAGGGAGAACCUGGAACCACAGAAGGAGAUCGUGUGCGGAAGAAACAGUGGCUUAGCCUACCCUAUGCCCAACGAGAGAUCAUGCUGGACAUCAAGAUCAUCCAGCUCCAGGCGCAUCAGAACCAGGAGAAGAACCUGAACAAGGAAUGUCUUCAGCACCAGCGGAAAGUCAACCGAGGAGGAGAAGCCACUCACAAGGAGCAAUCUCAGAUGAGGAGUGUUCUUGGCUCCUUGAACUGGAUUGUGCGUGUCAACCGGCCUGAUCUUGCCUACGACACCAGCCGACUACAAAGCUGUGUCCAGAAGCCCUGUGUCCAAGAUUUGGUGGACUGCAACUCACUGCUCAGGAGGGCGAUGCUCAGCAAGGAUCAGCGGCUGACCUACGUGUGGCGCCCCUUCAAGUUUGAAGAGCUCAAGAUCCUCUCCAUCACCGACGCGAGCCACGCCAACGACUAUGACCUCUCGUCGACUGGACAGCGCCUUGGCUUUCGCUCCCAAUCUGGGAGGAUUCUGGCCUUCUGUGGGCCAGACUUCAUUGACAAGAGUGGAGGCCCGAUCCACAUCUUGGAAUGGAAGAGCUCCGUGAUUCGACGGGUGUGUCGAAGCACACUUCAGGCUGAGAGCCUGAGUAUGCUGGCUGGCUAUGAGGACGGGGAGCACCUGAGGAUGAUCCUGGAUGGACUACAUCAUGGCCACGAUCAAGGUGAUCCCAACUGGAGGAUGAGAGCCCAGGACGGGACAGAUCUGAUCAAGCUGACAGACUGUCGCAGCUUGUCCGACCACUUGACGCAACAAGGGCUCGGAGAGGUGAAUGACAAGAGGCUCGCAAUAGACCUUUGCGGGAUGCGCCAGAUGAUCUGGCGUCGACGCCAUGAAGAAGUGGGCGACCCGCUGUUCAGCGACCAGCCGCCGCAAGACGGCAGCACCCGAGUGCUGUGGAUCAGCACGAAGACGAUGCUGGCCGACGCACUCACGAAGCACAUGGACGCAAGCGACGUCCGAGCGGCCAUGAACGGCCUUUCCUUGAAGAUCGAGCUGCAAGGGACCAAGAGCGAUCGAGGUCAGAAGAAAGACGAAUGUGAAAACGAAGGUGAAACCAGGAACAUGUCACGCACUGACCCGGAUUGCUCAUGGACCUGA